AUGAUGGAUUCAAGUUUCAGCAGCAUUCUUUGUUCUCUACAAAGGAGUGGAAGCUUUAUCAAUACUUUGAUUGCAAUCCUAACGAUAUGUGGACAACAACUUUUCUCUUCUUUCACAUUUAGCUGCCCCUGCCAGCCUGGAAACAACCUCUAUUAUGGCUCAGCUUUUCUCAUUAUUCCAGCUCUGGUUCUCCUGGUUAUUGGCUAUGCUCUGAGAAGUCAAACGUGGAUGAUGACCAAGGAAAGCUGUUGUAGCUCUUCUCCUCAUCUGCGCUCUGUGAACUCCUUGCAACGUAAGCUUGCAUGCCUCACGUUCUUUAGCAUUACAGGGAGGGCUCUGGUAGCUCCACUGACGUGGCUGGCAGUGACUCUGCUGACAGGUACCUACUACGAGUGUGCAGCAAGUGAAUAUGCCUCAGUGGAAGAAUAUAACGUGUUUAACAAUUUUAGUGAGCCUGAACGCCAAGAGAUUCUGGCUGAAUUUCCAUGCUUUGAACAGAUUCCUCCUAACAUGCUUACAGUGAGAGAUGAAGUGGCUCUUCAGCUCAGGUAUCAGUCACAGAUGUGGGGCUGGAUUUUGAUUGCAGUGGCGACUCUAGUGGCCUUCCUUUCCUGCUGCCUGGCAAGAUGCUGCUCUCCACUGACCUCUCUGCAGCAUCAGUAUUGGUGCACUCACAUGAGAAAUGAGAGGCAACUGUUUGAAGAGGCUGCAGAACAGCACUGCAGAAUUCUGAUCACACAACGCAUCAAAGAAUUGUUUGGUUUUGUGCCUGGGAGUGGAGAUGUCAGGCACAUUCGGAUUCCUUCUUGUCAGGACUGGAAGGACAUUGCAAGGCCAAGCCUUGUCUGCAUCACUGACAAUCAGCAAGGUCACUACAAUUUCCUUGGGGAGAGGGUAGAUGUGAAUUUUGAGGAAGGAAAAUCUGAAGCUAUUGAACUGACAUCCUGA